CUUUGCUGGAGCCUUUCUCGAAUUUGGUUGGGGAUAUUGCCAAGACACUCAGGCAAAAGUUGUUUUAUUGCGCUUUUGAAUAACAAGUACUUAAAAGUGUUCAACAAUAACAUUCUCAUCUGAAGUUGUUUUUGUUUGAUUGUUACAUUGGUUGAUGAAGGUGGUGGUUGAGCACUGUCCAUCCUAUCAAUGUUACGGCACCGAUCAGCUCUUGUGGAGUGGGAAGAGAAAAGACGGCAGGAGCAGAGGCGGAACAUUCUCGUGUUAGUACUACGCCAUUUGUUCGAUGAAGGGUACGUUGAAGCUGCUGAGCGCUUGCAGGCAGAGUCAGGUCUCAGCCUUAGUAAGAUUGAUGCUGCAGACAAUGUCAAUCUCAGUACAGCCAUCCAGGAGUAUGAGGAGUACCAGGAAAUCAAGUAUGGGCGCCGGCCGAAGCUGGUCCGUAAGGUCGCUCAGACUGAUUUGGUGGAACGUUCACGGCCUGCCGUCGUUGGCCCCCACGGUCCACACCAGCCAAAACCAUGUGCAAUCAGCCAGUCAUCAUUACCACUACAGGAGGACCAAACGAACCACCACCAGAAUGAGAGCCACAAUCAUCCGAGGACGGGCCGUGGACAGGCAAAUCCCAACAACACCAAUUCAAAGCAAAAGGGCGGUGGUCGAGCCUCAAACAACUUGAAGGCUCCAGUCUCAGAAGCUUCAGGUGUCUCUAACCAGGCUCCGAAGGACUCAGCUGCACAAGCAACAGAGAACCCAAACACAAAACUGUGUGUGGUUGGUGUUGGCGGUGCCAACUUGGACAACACCAAGGGGUCAGUUCUCAGCACUGCCGAUGAGGAUUUGUUCGAUUUGAGGUUGUUGAAGCCUAUGCCAGACUUAGGCAGUGCAGAAUUGCAAGAGCUUGGCACAAUGAUCAGAAAAGACAUUUACUUGGAGAAUCCCAAUGUACCCUGGGACAGCAUUGUUGGGCUGGACCAAGCAAAAGAGCUGCUGGUGGAGGCAGUUGUUAUGCCCCACAGGUACCCACAAUUUUUCAAAGGGUUGCUGGCUCCAUGGAAGGGUGUCCUUCUCUACGGUGCUCCGGGAACUGGCAAGACCAUGUUGGCAAAGGCCAUUGCGACCGAAUGCAAAACAACAUUUUUCAACAUAUCAGCGUCCACGAUCGUAAGCAAAUGGCGCGGCGACUCGGAAAAGCUGGUCCGCGUGCUGUUUGAUUUGGCACGCUAUCACGCUCCAUCGACAAUCUUCCUCGACGAGGUAGACGCGCUGCUGAGUCAACGAGGGGACGGGCCAACCGAGCACGAAUCCAGCCGCCGAAUGAAAACCGAGCUGCUCAUCCAGAUGGAUGGGCUCGCGCAGAGCCCUCAGCUGGUCUUCUUACUUGCUGCCACAAACAUGCCCUGGGAGCUGGACUUUGCCGUGAUACGCCGACUUGAGAAGAGGAUCUUGGUACCUCUGCCGGGCUUGAACGAGCGGAAAGUGAUGGUCAAGAGAAUGCUCCUGCCCUUUAUGGGCGCCGAACUGCUGCCAAAAGCCGAGGAGAUGAUUGCCGUUGCCACUGAUGGCUACUCUGGUUCCGAUAUUCAGCAGCUGUGUAAGGAGAUAGCUAUGAGGCCGUUGCGCAGGUUGAUGAAGCUGGCAUUAGGAAACGAAGGCGAUGAAAGCCAAACAUCACGAAAGAAUCCGCAGGUGCUACAGAAGGAGGAGUUGCCACCUCCUGGGCCUGUCACCCUUGAAGAUGUGGAGCAGGCCCUCCUUACGUCGAAGCCAGCGGCAUGGCAUAACAAGGGUGAAUUGUACCAGAAAUUUCAUGACAGGUGGUGAGCAUGAAAAGAUGCCCCCCUGUAAUCUACAUAUAGCUGCCCAAGAAAAAACCAUCGCGCGUUUCUAAAGCUCACACCU